UCAAAAGGGAGCCAUGGGUCUAAAGUCCGAAAGAGUUCUCGCCACUGCUGUUCAGUUGCUUUGGUCGUCAAUCAAGAGUUUCGACAGACUUGCUUCAAGAGAUAGAAAAUGUUAUCCUGGACUGCCAUGACGAAAGACUGUAUUAGUCCGCGAAGUGACAGCGGACGCCUUGUGCUGCUUCAUGGCGGGCCGGCUGGGCUCGACUCGCCGGCAGACUGAACCGCUGCUGCUGCAUGUGUAACCAGGAGCUCGAGAGGCAGUAUUCACCCAGCCGCUGGUCGCACAGGAUGGCGGCGGACGACGUGAUCAAGGCCCACGUCAAGGCUUUAAAGGAAGGUACAGACCGUGCACGCGGUCUGGCUCAAACUCUACUCAAUGUGCCCUAUGGAGAAGGUGAAGGAGAAAGACUGGACGCCUACAUCCCCACUACCAACUCUCUCGAUGUACCUCUUGUUAUUUACUUUCACGGAGGAUACUGGCAGUUUCUCAGUAAGGAGGAGUCAGGAUUUAUGGCAGUCCCCCUCAUUGAUAAAGGUGUAGUAGUGGUGGCGGUUGGCUACGACGUCGCCCCCAGAGGUAAUAUGGACCUGAUGGUCUCUCAAGUGCGCAGGAGUGUGGUGUCUGUCGUCCAGCAGUAUUCUCACAUCAACGGUCUGUACCUGUGUGGCCACUCUGCCGGCGCUCACCUUGCUGCAAUGAUCCUUUCCACUGACUGGUCGCAGUAUAGCAGCAUGCCUCAAAUCAAAGGUGCUUUUCUUGUCAGUGGUAUCUAUGACCUCUUGCCCAUCCUGUCUACCUACGUUAACAAGCCUUUGAAGAUGACGGAGGAAGUGGCCAUAAGAAACAGCCCCAGCAAAUUGAUCCCUCAGCUCAAGCUCUCCUCCUCCAGCUGCCUAAUUGUCGUGGCUGUCGCUGAGAACGACUCACCGGAGUUUCGCAAGCAGUCAGAGGAUUACUACAAUACUCUGAAGGCAACUGGGCUCAAUGUGACCUUGGAGGAUGUGCCGAACACCGACCAUUUCAGUAUCAUAGAGCAGCUGAUUGAUGGGGAUUAUCACCUUACAAAGCUCCUGUUGAAGAUGAUGGGGAAGAGCUGAGGUGGAAGUGUCAUCUAUCACUAUACCUCUGAGGAGACCUGUCAUGCACCCAUCCUCUGUGAUGAAGAUGAUCAUUUAGUCCCAUCAUCAAGUUGAACUUGUACACAUAUUCACUGUAGUUUCUGCUUUUUUUGUGUGUUGAAAUUGCAUUACAAUAUUGUUUCCCAUGGGGUAACCUGGGCAAAUACAUUUGAUUCAUGGUCA